AUGGGUCAACAACAAUCUAACAUGGGCGGCGGCCCCGGUGGCGAUGGACGUGAUGACAAGGACAAGAAGAAGGACAAGCCUAGAUACGAACCUCCCCCACCACCUACCACUCGCAUCGGAAAGAAGAAGCGCAAGGCUGCCGGUCCCAGCACUGCUUCUAAACUCCCAGAUAUCUACCCUACCUCGCGAUGCAAGCUACGUUAUCUUCGCAUGCAGCGGGUCCACGACCACCUGUUGUUAGAAGAGGAGUACGUCGAGAAUAUGGAACGCAUGCGCAAAACCAAGGCCCAGGCUUCUCAAGAUCCCAGCAGUCAAGGUGACUUGGAUGACCGCAACGCUGAUGAGCGGAGUCGAGUUGAUGACAUGCGAGGCAGCCCCAUGGGGGUUGGUAACCUGGAAGAGUUGAUCGACGAUGACCACGCUAUUGUCUCGAGUGCCACUGGCCCUGAGUACUACGUUUCGAUCAUGUCCUUCGUUGAUAAAGAUCUCCUUGAGCCGGGUGCCAGUAUUCUACUACACCACAAGUCCGUUUCUGUCGUCGGUGUAUUGACCGAGGAGUCCGACCCUCUUGUGUCAGUGAUGAAGCUGGACAAAGCUCCCACGGAGUCAUACGCCGACAUUGGUGGUUUGGAAUCACAGAUCCAGGAGGUUCGUGAGUCCGUGGAGUUGCCAUUACUACACCCCGAGCUGUACGAGGAGAUGGGUAUCAAGCCCCCCAAAGGUGUUAUUCUCUAUGGAGCCCCCGGUACGGGAAAGACGCUGCUUGCCAAGGCUGUCGCCAACCAGACCAGCGCUACUUUCCUCCGUAUCGUUGGUAGUGAGUUGAUCCAGAAGUAUCUGGGUGACGGUCCUCGUCUGGUUCGCCAGAUCUUCUCGGUUGCCGCUGAACACGCUCCCUCAAUUGUGUUCAUUGACGAGAUUGACGCCAUUGGUACUAAGCGUUAUGAAUCGCAAUCCGGCGGUGAGCGUGAAAUUCAGCGAACCAUGUUGGAGCUUCUCAACCAGCUGGAUGGUUUCGAUGACCGUGGUGAUGUCAAGGUCAUCAUGGCUACCAACAAGAUCGAGACUCUGGAUCCGGCUUUGAUCCGACCUGGUCGUAUUGAUCGUAAAAUUCUCUUCGAGAACCCAGACCAAAACACCAAGAAGAAGAUUUUCACCCUUCACACGUCGAAGAUGUCUCUCAGUGACGAUGUUGACCUCGAGGAGUUUAUCAACCAGAAGGAUGAUCUCUCUGGAGCUGAUAUUCGUGCUAUCUGCACUGAGGCUGGUUUGAUGGCUCUGAGAGAGCGCCGGAUGAGAGUUCAGAUGGAAGAUUUCCGCUCUGCCCGGGAGCGUAUUAUGAAGACGAAGCAGGACGGUGGCCCUGUGGAGGGUCUGUACCUGUAA